AUGAAGCUGUCACUCCUCCUCAUUGCCGUCCCCGCGGCACAGGCCGCGGUCUCAUACAUGUCAGCCGUUCCCGACAAGCUCAUGGCCAUGGUCGAGGCAUCAGAAGACUGCAACCUACCCGAUGACUUCCAGAUCCAAAACUUUACCGCCGAAUCAGCGGAUGGCAAGACGGCGGACUCGCUCGACUUUACCUUCAACGACGACAGCACCGUUCUCAACACGCAGUGCCACCUCAACGCCUCAUCGGUACCGGUGUCCGGUGACGGGCGGACACCGAGGUACGCUUGCGACAACGCUAGUGUGCAAUUCAUCUGGCAGAAUGGCACGAUCACAGUCAUCGAGAAGGUUUGCCCUGGUGACGACGGUGCCGCCGACUACGAGGCUUCUGGGACGGCCGCGGUUCCGUUGGUGUGCGACGGAGGUGCCGCGAACGGGACGGGCAAUGCCGCCAGGUCACACAGGCGUGCAAGGAGGGCAGCCGUUGCAUGCAAGUCCAACUCGGACGACAUCCGAUCGAGAUUCUUCAGCAUCCAGCCGGCUUCUAUCCACAUUGCGCAUGAGAUGAUGGAAAUUGAAGUCAUCCACACUUGUUCUCAACAUUCAGGUCCCAAAGGGUCAGCAGGACUUCAAGAGGGUGAGAAGACCCGCCCCGUUGACAGCUUUUCGCGGGGGAUGACAGCACAAUCCCAGGUCCUUCCCCGGCAGCCACAGGGGAAGAGGGCCACCCAGGACCAACCGUUUGUCGGCAAGCGUCGCUUGGCCGCGCCUCUCCGCAUUUUUCAUGGAAGGCACGCCGUGCUUAGCACCUUCUUCACUGCCGCUUCCCUCAAUUCGCUCCAGGUUUCUCUCUGGAUGACGGAAUGA